AUGGGUCCACCGAGGGAGGUUUCUUACAAACGACCCAACAACCUCACGCCAGGGUAUACCGUUUUAGUGCCGACUAUAUCUAAUAUCUACACAUACGUAUACUUAGUUCCGUCUUGCUACGUCUACGGACAGACAUACUGGAAACAACAGGCUUUAGCAUUUCUCUACGUCAGCUCCCGCGUAAUACUAGGCUCAUACCACCAACUGCCACCAACCGCACACCCAGUUGCUGUAUUCAAAGAUUGUGGAUACAGUGUGUUGUACAACAACCUCACACCCAGUUACUAUAUUCAAAGAUUGGGACAGGUUGUGCGUUGUACAACAACCGCACACUCCCGUUACUGUAUCAAAGAGUGUGGAUACAGGGUGUUGUACAACAACCGCACACCCCGUUACUGUAUCAAAGAUUGGGGAUACAGUGUGUUGUACAACAACCUCACACCCAGUUACUGUAUUCAAAGAUUGGGGAUACAAACUGCAACUGUGAUAGGCAUGACGACGACAGGUGCUGCCAGAUACCAGAAGAUCUUGUCUGAAAUCAAACCAAAGAUAGUGGUUGUUGAAGAAGCAGCAGAAGUUCUUGAGGGACAUAUUAUCACGACUCUGAGUCAGGGAUGUGAGCAUCUCAUCCUUAUAGGAGACCACAAACAGCUGAAGCCCAAUCCUAAUGUGUACAAGCUCGCUAAGAAGUACUGCCUCGACCUGUCCCUGUUUGAGAGAAUGAUAAAUAACGGUGUGCAGUGUAACACUCUGGAGAUCCAACACCGGAUGAGACCGGAGAUAUCCAGUCUCAUGACACACAUCUACCCAAAUCUCAAAGAUGACGAAUCAGUUAAGGCAUUUCCUAACAUUAUGGGUGUGUCUCAAAACCUGUUCUUCUUAACACACAAUCAUCCAGAGAAGCAUGACACGGAAAUGGUGAGCCAUUCCAAUGAGUUUGAGGCAGCAUAUGUGAAGGAAUUCUGUUUGUACUUGCUGAAGCAAGGAUAUGAUCGAUCACAGAUUACUGUUCUCACUACAUAUUCCGGACAAUUGUUGGCAUUGAAGAAGCUAAUGCCAAAGGAUGUCUUUGGUGGAGUCAGAGUGACUGUUGUUGAUAACUUUCAGGGUGAAGAAAAUGACAUCAUUUUGCUCUCACUAGUGCGAAGUAAUGAGGAAAACAGCGUUGGUUUCUUAAAAAUAGAAAACAGAAUUUGUGUUGCCCUUUCUCGUGCAAAGCAUGGCCUCUUCGUUAUUGGAAACUUUGACCUUCUAUCUGAAAACAGCGAACUCUGGAAAGCUUUAGUCAGGGACUGUAGAACCAAUGAACAAAUUGGUCCAGGUUUAAAAUUGUUCUGUCAGAACCACCCUAAAGAUGCUGGAUUUGUAGCGACAAAAGGAGACGACUUUAAAAAGGCACCAGAAGGAGGGUGUAUGAAGCCUUGCGAGUUCAGGCUUGAAUGUGGCCAUGUCUGUACUCGCCCCUGUCAUCCAUACGAUCGAGACCAUGCAGAGUACCAGUGCAACAAGCCGUGUACGAAAGUGAUUUGCGAAAAUAGCCACCAGUGUACAAGGAGAUGUUUUCAAGAGUGUGGAAAAUGUAUGGUGAAAAUCGAGAAAAUUGUCCCAAUAUGCCAACAUAAGCAAAUGAUUGAAUGCCAUCUUGAUCCAAGAAAGUUCUCUUGCAGAGAAAACUGCAACAAAAUACUGCCUUGUGGCCACAAAUGUGGAGUUCUGUGUGGAUCUACUCAUCAAUGUACUGAAUGGGUGAAGAAAACAUUUGACUGUGGUCACUCAGCUGAUGUACGAUGUGAGCGCCAGCAUACAGCAAAAUGUAAUAAGAAGUGCACCACUAAACUGCUGUGUGGUCAUGGUUGUAAAGGAAACUGUCAGAUUUGUCAUAAUGGAAAGCUUCACAAAAGCUGUUCACAAAACUGCAGCAGAAUCCUGGUGUGUGGUCACGAGUGUACCAGCACGUGUUCAAACUGUCCACCAUGUGAGAAGGUGUGUGAGAAUCGGUGUCCGCACAGCAAGUGCUUCAAGAAGUGUGGAGAGUUAUGUGUGCCAUGCAUGGAACCAUGUGGCUGGGUCUGUCGACACCGUCGGUGUGUAAAGAAAUGCAGCGAGCCAUGCAACAGAGAUCCGUGUAACCAGCCGUGCGAAAAACCUCUUCGCUGUGGUCAUCAGUGCAUCGGUAUGUGUGGAGAACCUUGUCCCAGGUUAUGUCGCGUCUGUAACAAGGAAGAGGUGACUGCCAUUUUUUUCGGAACAGAAGAUGAAGAAGAUGCUAGAUUCGUCGAGCUGGAGGACUGUGGCCAUGUUGUAGAGGUUUCGGGUCUCGACCACUGGAUGCAAAGUCAAACCCACACAGACGGCAAUGCCGAGCAGGCUCUGCAACUGAAAACGUGUCCAAUUUGUAAGACUGUUAUUCGUCAGAACAUGAGGUAUGGAAAACUUAUCAGAGAACGACUACGAGACAUUGAACAGGUGAAGAGACGUGUUUUGGGUAGCAAACACAAGAUUAGACAACUUGAGCAGGAAAUUCAAAUUCAAAUUCAAAUCCAUAUUAGCACCAACAAAUACAACGAGAGGAAAGAAAUAUAUGAGCAUGGUUACAAUAACAGCGAAACAGGUCUAACAGCCAUUUUAAAUCAGCUUGAGUUUUUGAGUAAAAUCGAAAACAUGAUUAGUAAAUUCGAGAAGUUUAAUGCUGCGACAGCCUUGUUAAGAAUACACGUGAAGCUUUACCUUGCAGACUUGGAACGUUUUCGUCAAUGGAUAUUGGCUAAAAAGGCAGUUGUAUUGAGCGAACAAGAGGUGUCUGAUGCCCAAAGAGAACUAGAACGCUAUAAUGCAGCUCUUGGAAUCCUCAGGAUGGAAAAGAUUUUGAAGGACAAAAAUAUUCAACUGGAUUCAGUGCUGGAGGAAAAACUCCAGAGAGUGAAACGCUAUGUAGGUGGGAAGAGACCGUAUUUACCAGAAAGACAGCAGUAUGUGAAGACAGUGGUGGACGAGAUUAAAAAGCUGGCUCCGGACUCUGGGUUGGGAAUCAGUGAUGCUGAACGAGUUUCCAUAGUAAAGGCGAUGGGUCUUUCAACUGGACAUUGGUUUAAAUGUAAAAAUGGUCACAUCUAUGCUAUUGGUGAUUGUGGUGGAGCCACGGUAGAAUCUAGGUGUCCGGAAUGUAAUGCAGCUAUCGGCGGGGGAGACCAUCGAUUGAGGUCCGACAAUGCUCUUGCAACAGAGAUGGAUGGCGCCAGACAUGCUGCCUGGUCUGAACAGGCUAAUCUAGGAAACUUUCUACUGGAUGACCUAAUAUAACAACUGAUAACUAGUUAUCUUGCUGUAUGGGAGUCUGACGAAAUGUUCCGGUAUACACAGUGACCGAUUACACAGAUAUCUGUUUUCGCUGGACAGGACUUAGAGAUGAUGCCAGUUUCGACACAAAUCCAGAUUUCACAGAUACCGGUUUAGACAGAGUGCACUAUAUAGUUUUCAGCUUUUAAAAUAUCACUUUAUCUCAGAAAGGCAUCUUCUAACGUUUAUAGUCCAUAGCAUGGCUAUUUUAAUAUGUAUAGUUCAUAUAAUAUCAGUGGUGGUGUUCGUCUAAUAGUUACGAUUCAUGUAAUAGUAAGUAUUUUGCUAAUGUUUAUAAUCCAUUGUAUUUAACUAUGGUACAUGUUUAUAGUUACCAUCUUUUAAACGAUCACAUCAGCUUAUCUCUGUAAGUAGUAUUUCUUAUUCUAAGCACAAUCGUGUAUUCUGUGUUUUAUUAACUUCCAAUUUCGAUGUGUUUUCUAGUAGUACGGAGCUUUCAGAUAAUAUUAUAUUGGUAUGCUAUCUUCAAAUGUUUAUAAUCUAUUUAAUAAUGUGAAUAUUCUGAUGUUUAUAAUUCAUGCAAUAGUGCUGAUUUCCUUAUAUUUGUAAUCUAUAAAAUAAUGUUAGUCUUCUAAUGUGUUUAAUCCACGUGAAAGUAAUAAUGUGGCCAUUCUAAAUGUUAAUAAUUUCUGUAAUAGUGUGGAUCCUACAUGGAAUAUUCUGAGGUUUAUAACCCAUGUGAUAGCGUGUAUGUUUUAAUAUUUAUAAUUGUUAUUGCAUUACUAGUGUCGUUCGUCUAAUAUUUAUAAUUAAAGUAAUAUUGGGGAUUUUCUAAUGUUCAUAAUUAUCUGUUUGCAAAUCAUGUAAUGGUGUGGAUUUUCUGUUUAUAAGUCGUGCACUAGUGAGAACUUUUUAAUGGUAGUAAUCCUUGUGAUACUGUGGAUUUUCUGUUUAUAAACCGUGUAACAGUAUGGAUCUUUUAUAUUUUAAACAAAUUGAUUAAAGUAACUGUUAAAAUGUUUAUUGGUCACCAGUCCUUGUAGAGUCGGGUUUUGUUUUGUUAAUUGUUAUGUUUCUCUCCACUAGAUAAUGAAAACAAACAUCCACGUCAAAAUAAUUACAUUGAAAAAGAAUAGGCAUUCCUCCCAUAACCUAGGCACUGCAGUUCACAAUUGAACAAGGUAGUUUAUGGCGUGAAAUACGUGGCUGUCUGUUUUAUAUAUAUAUAUAUAUAUAUUAUAUGCUUUGAAAAACUUCAAAGAUACAUUAUAUAAUAAUCUGUGUAAUGCACGGCUAUAGAUAGUUAUAUGCGUAUUUGUCUUGCUAUGUUUUCUACCUACCUGUCUGUCUGUCUGUAUGUCUGUCUAUCGGUAUGUCUGUCUCGGUCUCUAUAUAUAUGUAUAUUCAUCUAUCUAUCUAUCUGCCUUCUAUCUGUCUGUCUGUCUAUCUGUCUAUCUAUCGAUUUAUCUAUCCAUCUAUCCAUCUAUGCAGGUAGCAUACAUUUAUACUAAAAUAUUUAAUAAAACUAUUAGCAAUUCGAUUGAUGUAUACAUGUCAUGUAAAUGGUGUAUAAUGUACACAUGAAUUUGGAUUUAAUACUUAGUACUGAUUGGGGUUUUUUCACCAAUAACUCAUAUUCUGCUCAAUUUAUCAUCUUUUAGACGAUCAUUUCAGGUUAUACCUAUAGCUAGUAUUUCUUAUUCAAGGCACAAUCGUGUAUUAUGUGUUUAAUUUCCAAUUCCAAUUUGUUUUCAAGUAGUACCGAGCUUUCAGAUAAUAUUAUAUUGAUAUGCUAAUUUUAAAUGUUUAUAAUCUAUGUAAUAAUAUGAAUAUUCUGAUGUUUAUAACAAUUCUUGCAAUAGUGCUGAUUUCCGUAUAUUUGUAAUUUAUAAAAUAGUGUGUCUUUUUUAAUGUGUUUAAUCCAUAUGACAGUGAGAAACGUCUGUUUAUAAGCCAUGUAAAAGUGUAGAUCUACUAAUUUUUAUAAUUCGUGUGCUAAUGGGGAUAUUCUAAUGUUUAUAAAUCAUGUGAUAGUGCGGAUUUUCUAAGGUUUAUAAUCCAUGUAAUAGUGUGGAUAUUCUGACAGUGUGGAUAUUCUGACGUUUAUAGUCCAUGUAAAAGUGUAGAUAUUCUAAUGUUAAUAAUCCAUGUAAAAGUGUAGAUAUUCUAAUGUUAAUAAUCCAUGUAAUAGUGUGGAUAUUCUAAUGGUAAUAAUUUGUGUAAAAGUGUGGAUAUUCUGACGUUUAUAAUCCAUGUAAAAGUGUGGAUAUUCUAAUGUUUAUAAUCCAUGUAAGAGUGUGGAUAUUCUAAUGUUUAUAAUCCAUGUAAAAGUGUGGAUAUUCUCAUGUUUAUAUUCCAUGUAAAAGUGUGGAUAUUCUAAUGUUUAUAAUCCAUGUAAAAGUGUGGAUAUUCUAAUGUUUAUAAUCCAUGUAAAAGUGUGGAUAUUUUAAUGUUUAUAAUAUCUGUAAUAGUGUGCAUCCUACAUGGAAUUUUCCGAGGUUUAUAAGCCAUUGUUUACUGUUUACUGUUUACUGUUUAUAAUUAAAGUAAUAUUGGGGAUUUUCUAAUGUUCAUAAUAUGUGUUUGCAAAUCGUGUAAUGGUGUGGAUUUUCUGUUUAUAAGUCGUGUACUAGUGAGAACUUUCUAAUGGUUGUAAUCCAUGUAAUGCUGUGGAUUUUCUGUUUAUAAUCCAUAUAACAGUAUGAACAAACUGAUUAAAGUAACUGUUAAAAUGUGUAUUGGUCACCAGUCCUUGUAGAGUCGGGUUUUUGUUUUGUUAAUUGUUAUGUUUGUCUCCACUAGAUAAUAAAAACAUCCACGUCAAAAUAAUUACAUUGAUAAAGAAUAGGCAUUCCGCCAUAACCUAGGCACUGCAGUUCACAAUUGAACAAGGUAGUUUAUGGCGUGACAUACGCGGAUGUCUGUUUUACUUAUAUAUAUAUAUAUAUAUAUAUAUAUAUAUAUAUAUAUAUAUAUAUAUAUAUAUAUAUAUAUAGCUUUGAGAAAAACUUUAUAUAAUAAUAUGUGUAAUGCACGGCUAUACAUAGCUAUAUGCGUAUUUGUCUUUCUUUGUUUUCUAUCUGUCUGUCUGUCUGUCUGUCUAUCUGUUUGUCUGUCUAUCGGUAUGUCUGUCUUGGUCUCUGUAUAUAUGUAUAUUCAUCUAUCUAUCUAUCUAUCUAUCUAUCUAUCUAUCUAUCUAUCUAUCUAUCUAUCUGUCAAUCUGUCCAUCUAUCUAUCUAUGCAGGUAGCAUACAUUUAUACUAGAAUAUUUAAUAAGACUAUUAGUAAUUCGAUUGAUGUAUACAUGCCAUAUAAAUGGUGUAUAAUGUAGAAAUGAAUUUGGAUUUAACACUUGGUGUUGAUUGUGUUUUUUUCACCAAUAACUCAUAUUGUGCUCAAUUUACCAUCUUAUAGACGAUCAUUUCAGGUUAUACCUGUAGCUAGUAUUUCGUAUUCUAGGCACAAUCGUGUAUUCUGUGUUUAACUUCCAAUUCCAAUUUGUUUUCUAGUAGUACCGAGCUUUCAGAUAAUAUUAUAUUGAUAUGCUAACUUUAAAUGUUUAUAAUCUAUCUAAUAAUGUGAAUAUUCUGAUGUUUAUAAUAAUUCAUGCACUUGUGCUGAUUUCCUUAUAUUUGUAAUCUAUAAAAUAGUGUUAAGUCUUCUAAUGUGUUUAAUCCAUGUGGCAGUGAGAAUCGUCUGUUUAUAAGCCAUGGAAAAGUGUAGAUCUACUAAUUUUUAUAAUUCAUGUGCUAAUGGGGAUAUUCUGAUGUUUAUAAAUCAUGUGAUAGUGCGGAUUUUCUAAGGUUUAUAAAUCAUGUGAUAGUGUGGAUAUUCUAAUGUUUAUAAAUCAUGUGAUAGUGCGGAUUUUCUAAGGUUUAUAAUCCAUGUAAUAGUGUGGAUAUUCUGACGUUUAUAAUCCAAGUAAAAGUGUGGGUAUUCUAAUGCUUAUAAUCCAUGUAACAGUGUGGAUAUCCUGAUGUUUAUCGAUUAAUGUAUACAUGUCAUGUAAAUGGUGUAUAAUGUACACAUGAAUUUGGAUUUAAUACUUGGUGUUGACUGGAGGGUCUUUUCGUCAAUAAUUCAUAUUUUGCUCAAUUUAGAAUUUUCACCAUAUUAUACAAUUGUACAUACAAUUGUGUAUAUUUAGAUUUCAGUUAUCUAAUUUUAAUGUUUUCGAAUGUUGUAAUUUACAAUAAUAAUACAAAAGCAACUCUUCUAAAAUAUAGGACUAUUUGUUCGAACUGUUUUGCUAAAGUAUGAUAGGCCUACUGACCAUGUUUAGUAAAUUCCACUCUAAGUACUGGUAUACCGCGAUAACGCUCUACGCCAUUCAUACAGUGUGUAAAACGGUUUUGGUGUUUAUCAUCGUAUGAACGUCAAACAUAUAACGUUCAAUUCGUAAAUAAAUUAGGCUAUCAAUGGCAACAUCAGCAUUGUUAAUGUUCACUUUAAAAUAGAGGUGGAGAGUUAAAACAGGUCGUAAACUCCAGUGUUAAAACAGCUCGUAAACUCCAGUGUUAAAACAGCUCGUAAACUCCAGUGUUAAAACAGGUCGUCCGCGGUGCACGAGCCGGAGGAUGAAACCUCCUCGGUGGAUCCAUUCUCUGAUUGGGUUUGCCCGUUCCAACCAAUGACCCACCCCAAACAAAAAAUCCUAGCUACGGUCAUGGUAUUAUCUGAUGUUUUACAUUCAUUAGCCGAUGAUUACUAAAUCGAUGUGCUCUAGUGGUGUCAUUAAACAAACCAAACUUUAACUAAUAUAUGAAAAACAUUAAAGUUUGGUAGUAAGUUUAUGAAAACCUUCCCCUCCCCACUUUAAUGUUUAACAACUCCCCAACAUCAAAACGCAUCGAUAAUUGUGUAUCAAAUGGCUGGUAACGAACGAUUUUUUUAACAACACCCCAGUACAAAAAGGGCAUCGGCUACUGGGAUGGAACACACUAAAUAUGGUAACUAUUAUUCUGGACCGGCCUCGGUGGCGUCGUGGUUAGGCCAUCGGUCUACAGGCUGGUAGGUGCUGGGUUCGGAUCCCAGUCGAGGCAUGGGAUUUUUAAUCCAGAUACCGACUCCAAAUCCUGAGUGAGUGC